AUGAUGUCAGAGGGGGUUAAUAAUCAUAAUAAUGGUCAUAAUAAUGAUCAUCUUUCCGGAAACGAAUAUGAGAUACUGGAACAGGGGUCUAUAUCAAAUAUUCAAGUUGAAUCUAUAUCAAGAUUUCUAUCGGAAUGUCCGGAAGCAGCUUUAAGCGUACACAAGUUUCUGCAAACAAAUUAUUCCAAGUCAAAUCAACAACAACAAAUAGUGCAACCAGUGAAUUCAACUCGCAAGCGUGGACAUCCGCUAGACGAAAGUAGAAGUUCGAUCAAUAAUGGAAGGGGUCGUCGUAAAUAUCCUCGAAAAGGUAUCGACAGCAACGCAAAUAAGCAAUCGCAAUAUGUACAACAGGAGAUUAAUUUACAACCACAACAACCAUCGUCAUCAUCGCUGUCAGGUAAAAGACAACAGCAAGUGAUAAAUCAAGCUUCUACGAAUCGUAAAAGAAUUUCUUUUAAUCAAUUGAAGCACGCGGUUUCUUCUAAUCUGCCAUGUUUUUUUUUUAUUGAAUUCACCUCGGAUGCUGAUCGCCAUAGUAUUCCAACCGCUCUUCAUGUGAGUGAUCUUAUACUUAAAGAAUUACAAUCGAAGAGCGUUUUAAUUAAUAAGUUUACAUUAGUAGGAUGCUCAGGGAAAAUGCUCAAAUUAGGUGUUAAUAAUAAAGAAGAGUACGCCACGCUCGUUGGUUUGGAUAAAUGA